AUGUCGUCCUUCGCCGGCGUAUCUGUCCUGGCCGACGGAGAGCUGUGCCCCGCCACCGCGUCGACCGUCGGCACCAGCACGGUCUGCGGAUACCAUCUGCUGGUGGUCCACGACUACUCACGCACCACGGAAGAGGCGCCCACCGGCGAGAGCAUCAGCUCCCGUCCUUUCAUGGUGGGAGGCCAUUGUUGGAUCAACAAGUACUACCCCAACGGCGAAGACUCCGACUCUGCCGACUUCAUUUCUCUCGAGCUUUCGUGUCUCCAAGACGAUGUUAACAAGAAGCAUGUGGAAGCCAAGGUCGUUUUUACUUUCAUAGACCAGGUUAAGAUGCAGAAUCCAGUCUACAUUGCUGAAGCUGAGACAUGCAGCUUCCAUGAUUUUUCUCGGGGCAGACACAAGUUCAUGAGAAGAGAAGCCCUUGAACAAUCAUCAGUGAAUCUAAAUGACGAUUCUUUCACCAUCCGGUGCGACAUCAUGGUCUCCUCCUGCAACACCAAGGACGAUGCCGCCACUAGCACCAGGGUGCCCCUGCCUCACAUGUGCCAGCACUUUGAAGAUCUCCUUUACACCGAGGUGGGUGCUGAUGUGGAAUUUGAGGUUGGCGGCGAGAGGCUGGCUGCACACCGGUGUGUGCUCGCAGCCCGAUCCAAGGUCUUCAUGUCACAAUUCUUUGGCCCCAUGAAGGAAGGCACUGAUAAGACCGCUGUCAUACAGAUCAAAGACAUGGAAGCAAGCAUGUUCAGGGCCUUGCUUAGCUUCAUCUACACCGACACGUUCCCUGAUAUGGAGGAUGAUGAUGGCAUGGAGGAGGACGGUAUGUCACAAGUUGCGGAGCAAGAACAAGAAAACGAGACAUUAGAGGAUGAAAUGCGGUUGCAAUGGCUACAAAACUUGUUUGUAGCGUAG